CUGGUGUUUCACGAAACAACGAAGAUAUUCCAAAACAGUUGGGUUUGGGACUAUAAUUCUGGCGGUCAAAGCUCACCAGGUUUAUGGGGUCCUGGAUUUCAACAGUGGGGAACACCACCAAACGCACAACAUUGGGGCACACCGCCAAAUGCGCAACAAUGGGGCACACAGCCAAAUCCACAACAAUGGGGUGUACAGCCUGGUUUUCAACAGUGGGGAACACCACCAAAUGCGCAAAAAUGGGGAACACCGCCAACUGGACAGCAGUGGAGCGCACCGUCAACUGCACAACAAUGGGGCACACCACCAACUGCACCACAGUGGGGCACACCACCGAAUGCUCAACAAUGGGGCACACCACCGAAUGCUCAGCAAUGGAACACACCGCCGAAUGCUCAGCAAUGGGGCACACCACCGAAUGCUAAUCAAUGGGGAACACCACCGAAUGCUCAACAGUGGGGUACACAAUCAAAUGUUCAACAGUGGGAUACACCAACGAGUGCUCAACAGUGGGGCGUCAAAGACCUAAUCAUGGAAAUAACAAAUCAGCCGGAACGAAUCCAACUCAUGUUCAAUAUGGAUUUUCGUUGGACGAUCAUCAUGAAGUUUCAGAUAGCGCAACAAAAAGAACUUCGCCUGAUACCCAACAACCACAAUCACUCGGUCUUGGUUUCACAAGUCGUUUUGAUUCUGGAAAAAAUUCACGACAACCCAGAACAGGAGGUCUGUUCAACAUAUGGGGAAACACACAAGAUAAUCAAAGUGAUGACGAAGAUGAAGAUUAGUUUGCUAUAACAUUAAAUAUGUUUUGUAUGUUUAUGUUUUCUGUGUCAUGUCAUUGUAAAAUUUAAAUUGAAAUGUUGCUUAUGGUUUUA